UGACUAACUUAUGUAUUAUUUUUGAUCUACUUUUGGCGUGAAUUCGAUUUUUUACAAAGAGAUAAUGAAGUAGGUUUUAAGGUGCGAUAAGGAAUGAGACACUCGCUUGUCUGGGACACUCGCUUAUCAAGUACGUUACUCUGAAUACCAUCUCCGUCUUCACUAUUUUUCAACAUGGAUCUACCUUCCAUUCUGCUCUACAGGACUGCCCGAGUGGCAGUGCGACGACCCGACGAAACUCUUGUGACGACGGAAGGUAAAGAACCACAAGUUUUGUACGUCAACCAGGACGGCACAAUAGGCGGAACAGGCCGAGUUGCGAUGUAUUUGAUGCAACACGAAAUGAUAAACAUUCGAGCAGAAAUCAUUCGGGUUUCUGCCCAUCCCGUGUGUAACUACGUCUGGAAGGUCAAAACCGACCAUUGGAGAUUACAUGUGAAAUUCACGUCUCCAUGGCAGCCCUUUGCUCAACUGGCUUGGUUCCCGUCUCCUGAAGGAUAUCGGUGUACAGCAACUGCCUGCUUUUCUCGUUCUCCUGGCGAGGUGGCCGUGCGGAUGGGUCCGUCAGGCCGGGUGGUCGGCAAAGCUACUCAAACUCUCGUCGCCGGCCACGGUUCGCCCACCACCUGUUCAAUCUAUAUCGAUCACAUCAUGGAAGGCGACUUGAUCGUCAUUUUCCAGCCAGAUGACCCGACUUUGGCUCCUGUGCUUUCCCAGGCAUGCACAAGACCACCCGUCGAAUGGAAUACAGAGGCUAUCCAGUCAACUCCCGAUUACAUCAACCACAUUUUCAGCAUGUCAGACCAAAUCAGUACAGUCCAUACGACUGAAGCGGAAAGUCACACAGACGUCUGCUUCUCACUCCAGAGCAGCGACGUCUCUCCUGUUGAACUACAAGCCGGCUGGCAAAAUUGCGUUUCACAUCAAUACCAAUCGCCAUAUACAGAUGAAUCCAGUUCAGCUUCAGAAUCAACACUCGACAUACGCUCAGAUGACCGACUCAGUGCACGGGUUGCCACCAUGAAUGAGGUUGGAACUCAACAGGAUGCAGUUGAUGAUGGAUGCAUUGUCGUCAAACUUCUGCCGUGAGCCGAUGAAUGGGGAUUCAUGGCUGGCAAACAACGCCUACAGGGAGAUCUGUUGGUUAAUGAAGCGUUUGAAGUGGUAACUAUUGAUUUGUCUUGUCUGAUAUAAUUGUCCUCGAAUGUUUAAGUAGGAUGCUACAUACAUUCAUCAUUCCCAGCGCUUCGGCUAGGCACCCGCGACUUUCGCUGAUAUAUCGUCUCGAACUC